AUGGACUUUACGGGCAACGAAGAGGAGAGGUUUAGAAAGAUGUUGAAGUCUGGCAAGAAGGAGGAGCUGUUGAUGGAGCUUUCCAAGGAGAUUGAGAAGAAAGAAAAGGAGAUGAUGGAGAACAUUUCUCAGGACUACAUGGGCAUUAUCAACAGGUGCAGUGGGCUGGAAAGGGUCAAGCAAAGGCUAGCAGGGAUUUUAAGCAUAAACAGCGAGCUGGUCUCAUCUGUUUCGGAUUCUGUCAUACAAUACACUGAUGUUCUUCGGGAAAUUGAAGAGAAUUCCUUAGUAGAGUCCCGGCUCAGCCUUGUUGUCUCCGAGCUGAAGGAGAUUUUGAGCUUCACCGGCAUUGCGUCCGAGUAUGAGGAUGCCGACAAGGAGGUGAGGGAGGAUCCGCUGUACUACUACGACAUGACAAGCAGAGUGCUAAGCAUGGAAAAGAAGCUCUGCACGCUUGAGAAGUAUACGUUCUUUGUUAAUGCGAAUCAGAUAUGCAUCAGGUCGAGAAGAACACUUGUGGAUCUUAUGAUGAAGGACAUUGAUCUGUGGAUCUCGGGAGCCUGCAACAAUGUCCGCCAGGUUGGGAUUGAGGUGAGCGCCAUGCUCAUAGAGGGCAGGAAGAAGUCCCAUGUAUUCGACCCUCUCGACUCUCUGCACCACUAUCUCAUAUCCAAAGGCUUCCUGUGUAUUCUUCACGAGUCAAAAAGACUGGCUGUUGACCUGGCUGUUGUGGAAAGGGUCAACGAGAAGAGGAAAGAGUUUGCCGAGAGGACUCUCAGUGGAGACGAGCCUGUCCUGGUUUCUGAUGUAGCGGGGUUUAUUCUGUGGAGCCAUUAUCUUACUACGCUUGACAUGCGCUUCAAGAUGUAUGACAGACUUGUGUUUGGCUUUCUGUCCAGAAGCAAGAUGUUGCUCAAGAGCAGCAACUUCUCGAGAAUAAGAGAGGCACUGGUUUCUCUCCGGAGGCUCACUGUUCAUCUCAAUGUCGACUAUGAGGAUGUGGACAGGGUGAUAAGCUCUGUAGCAAUCAACUACUUCGAGAGCCAAGGGCCCAAGAAUGCAGAUCUCAGCAGCUGCGACAUGGAGCAGCUGAAGUCCUCGAUGAUAGCCUUUAUUGACGAGUGUGACAGCUUUGUCUCUAACAUAUCCCAGUUUUCGAACGAGCUUGAUGAGCUUCUUGCAAAGAAAAUAGACCAGCAUCUAUGCAGCCUUGUCGAGAGGAAUAAGGGCGACAUGGACCUAUUCAUCAAAGCCCAGUCUGUUGUUGGGGAUGUUUUGGGUCAUGCCAUCGAAAGAAACAACUUCUAUAGGGGCCUCGAGUUCAGAUGCUCGGCUGAGGUGGAUAGAGGGAACAGGAAGUUCGAGGGAGAGGUGGUAGAACAGAAGAAGAAGGAGAUAGAUGAGCUUUUCAGGAUGGUUACCAAAAACGAUGACUUUGGCGUUGAUCUUCUCAAACUGUUUUCCAGGGUCAGAAAACUGAGAUUCCCCGAGAGCAUAAAUGCAGAGAUAAAAAGGACUCUAGUAUCCCACAUCAAAGAUAGAUUUACAGGCGCCAUGAGCGGCAAGGAUCAGGCUCCACAGGAAAAGAAGGUUGUAAGGGGGCAUCUCUGCAGCUUCUAUGGAUAUCUCCGGAACAAUGAGCCGUCUCUCCAGGACCUGCUCGGUCCGACUGUAGAGCACGAGAAAUCAUGA